CGUCAUUCGAAUCGCAUUGCAGUAUUUUAUAAAGUAGCUUUCAUUUUACAGAAUAAAGUUUUACUUCGAUCAAUGUAAAUUGGGCACGUAUUGAAGCAAAUAAAGUAUUCAUGCUGUCGUCUACAAUAAUAUUAUUGACUUUUUUUGCGUGUCUUCUAUUAUUCUGGAUAAGAUGGAGAAUGAGAAAGAUGAGCCUGUUUCAGAGAUAUGGAAUCCCAGGGCCUAAACCCAAUUUUAUUUUUGGAAAUGCAAUGGAAUAUAAUAAAAAAAGAAACAAAUGCAUCGAUGAAUGGAUAGAAAAAUAUGGAAACAUUUUUGGUUUUUUUCUUGGAGGAAACCCUUGGGUUGUCUGUCAUGAUUUGGAAUUGAUAAAACUUAUACAGAUAAAGGAAUUCAAACAUUUUAUGAAUAAAGACACAAUACUUCCAGCAGGAGGAAUUCCUCAUAAUCUGGCAUUUAAAGGAUUCGCAUUUCAACGUGAUGACGAUUGGAAUAGUGCUAGAAAUAUAUUGACCAAAAGUUUCAGUUUAGCUAAACUGAAGAUGAUGAGCACUCUUAUGGCUAAACCAAUAAAUUUAUUUAUGGAGAAAAUCGAAAAGCAGAAAGAAUCGCCGUUUGAUAUUGCUGAAUUUUAUAAAAAGUUAACUUUCGAUGUAAAUUGUAGAACAGCUUUUGGAAUUCAGACAAACGUACAAAAUGACGAAACAAGUAAAUUUGUGCAAUCCGUCUACAAUAUCUUGGAGGUUGAUUCCUCUGAUUUACUGCCCAUAUUAUCAAUUUGUUUUCCCGAAAUUGAACCGAUUCCUACGUACGUUAGAAAUAUUUUGGAUGCAAUAAAAUAUGCAAUAAAUUGUCCAUCUGUUAAAAUGGUGUUUGAUACAUGCAGUCAAUUGAUUACUUCAAGAAAAACCUCUGAUUAUCAUCCACCAGAUCUCUUGCAAAUCAUGAUUGAUGCAGAAGGUGAAGCGGAUGGUGUCGCAAAGAAGUUUUCAACAGACAAUAUUGUUGCGAAUGCUGUUAUAUUUAUGAUAGCUGGAUAUGAUACUACGAGUACUAUGUUAGCUUGGUGCACCCAUUAUUUGGUUAAAUAUCCUGAAGAACAAGAAAGAGUUCGUCUGGAGAUAAACGAAAACAUCGAAAAUAAUAAAAUUGAAUAUGCGGAUUUACCGAAAUUAAAAUACCUGGGUCAAAUAAUAUCGGAAACGUUACGUGUACAAACUCUUUCAACUCUUUCAUUUAAUAGAAUAUGUUCAAACGAUUUCUACUAUAAGAAUAUAACUAUUCCUAAGGGAGUUACAGUUAUGAUUCCAGUACCAAACUUGCAUAAAGACUACAGAUAUUGGAAUGAACCGGAAAAUUUCAACCCUGACAGAUUUUCAUCUAAGAAUGCAGGACUAAUAGAUCCAUUGAUAUAUCAACCUUUCGGAUAUGGUCCAAGAGGCUGCAUGGGAAUGAAAAUGGCUCAAACAGUUAUGAAAUUAACUUUGGCUAAUCUUGUGCAGCACUAUAAAUUAGAACCUUGUGGAAGUUUGGAAGUUGACGAAGACUUGUCGCUCUUUAUACCUCGUCCAAAAAAUGGAAUUAUGGUAAAGGCAACUGCAAUAACUUUGUGAACCUUUUAAUAAUUUUUUUUACUUCUUACGUUGUUUAUAAUGAAAAUACUCAUAUAUAUGUUAAAAAAACGUUUAUGAGACCAAAUCUUGGAUAUAUACAGUUGCUCCAUAUAUGAUAUACAGUAUGUAUAUACUGUAUAGCAUAUUUAAUCGGUGAUCGGGAUUUGUAAUGAUAACACAUGUAGUACAGAAAAUAAACCA